GUGUGCUGACGUCAGAUGGGUCGCGCGCGCCCAUUGGUUGAGCCGCCUCACCAGACUGCGGGCGGACAGGCGCGGGAGGGGCGGGGACCCGGGAGACCACGCCCACACGGGCGGGACCGGGAUCACGUGGCCCGGGUGCCCCUCCCGCCUUAUAAGCCGCGGCGCGCUCCCGGGCGGCGGGCCCCACUGCAGGCGGUCCGCGCUGCACGCGCUCGAGCUCCGGCCAGAGCCGACCCGGACCCGGACCCGGACCCGGACCCGACCGGAGCGCAGCCCCGGGCAUCUCUGCCAGGACCGCCGCGCCCCAUGCCCAGGCUGGACGACCACUUCUGGAGCUGGUCCACCGCCCGGCCCGCCGCCUCCUCCAGGCAGGCCUCCAGGGUGGGCGGCAUGGCGGGGCGGUCCCCCACGGGGGCGCCGGGCCCCUCUCCGCCGGCCCCCCGCACGCCCCCCAGCUGGCACCACCGCCUGGCGGCCCGCGGCCUGGUGCUGUUCUCGGUGGGCGCGGGGCUGGCCCUGGUGCUCAACCUGCUGCAGGUGCAGCGCCACGUCGCCCUGUUCCCCGACCAGGUGGCCGCCACCGGCUUCUCCUCCGCCUGGUGGGUGCCCCCCUGCUGCGGCACGGCGGCCGCCGUGGUGGGCCUGCUGUACCCCUGCAUCGACCGGCGCCUGGGGGAGCCCCACGAGUUCAAGCGCGAGUGGGCCAGCGUCAUGCGCUGCGUGGCCGUGUUCGUGGGCAUCAACCACGCCAGCGCUAAGCUGGACUUUGCCAAUGACGUGCAGCUGUCGCUGACGCUGGCUGCACUGUCCCUGGGCCUGUGGUGGAUGUUCGACCGCUCGCGCAGCGGCCUGGGCCUCGGCAUCACCAUCGCCUUCCUGGCCACGCUCGUCGCACAGCUGCUGGUGUACAACGGGGUCUACCAGUACACGUCCCCUGACUUCCUCUACAUUCGCUCCUGGCUGCCCUGCAUCUUCUUCUCCGGAGGCGUGACCGUGGGCAACAUCGGGCGGCAGCUGGCCAUGGGGCUCCCCGAGAAGCCGCACAGUGACUGAGCCUCUGCGUCCGAAGCUCGUCUCUCGCACCCGCGCCCAGCAGCCUGUCCGCAGGAGGUGGGACCGCGACGGCCGGUCUGCCCGGCUGGGGACUCGAACCCUGAACCCGUCCAUCCCGCGGACGGAACCGCCGCAUCUCAGAGUCCCGAACUCAAAGCCGAUGCCAGGCUGAGCCCCGUGCCCGGCCCGGACCCGUGGGCAGUGGGCAGGUGCCCGGGUCUGCAGAGUGGGAGUGUGGAGUGGUGCCCGUCUGAGCCUCGGCCCCUCCAGAUAUUUAUUUUCUGCACCGCGGGGCCAUGAGGGCCGGGCCCCUCGUGAGGGAGCCCCGCGGCACCCAGGGAAGCUCGGGCCUGGCCCCUCGAUGAGGAGCGGUGGGGGGGUGGGCCGCCCGCGGGGCUGGAAGGAGCCUUAUUCAGUUCACGCAGUGCAGGGCCACAGGCGAGGAAGCGUGGGGACCGGCUGGCUUCAUGUGUCCUGUUUUUUACUUUUAUUAAAGGUUGAAACCAGC